AUGUCUAAUAUAAGAACGAUUGCCAGUGCCGCUCGCUCUAUGAACACACGGCCAACCCGACCCUUUAGGGUAUCGAUCGAAGGAAAUAUAGGUUCUGGAAAAUCGACCUGCAUUAAAUACUUCGACAAAUAUCCUAACAUUGACAAACAUGCGGAGCCCAUAGCUGAAUGGCGCAACGUUAGUGGUCAUAACCUACUUGGUCUGCUGUACAGUGAUCUCAAUGAGUGGAGCUUUGCUUUUCAACAUUAUGUGCACCUUAGCCGCCUCAAAAUACAAACCAGUCCACCGUCCAAUCCAAACAUUACUGUUAAAAUGUUUGAAAGGUCGGUACAAAACAGCAGGUUCUGUUUUGUAGAGAAUGCUAAAAAACAAAACUUCCUCAAAGACCCAGAAUAUGAGGUACUAUUAAAAUGGUUUGAUUACACCGAGCAGAAUUUGGAUAUUAGUUUAGAUCUUAUAGUUUACUUAAGGACGACUCCACAAACAGUAUGGGAAAGAAUGAUGAAACGGGGACGUGCUGAAGAGGCUGAAGUGCCUUUAGACUACUUAGAACAAGUUCAUGAAUCAUAUGAGAACUGGCUGAACUCUCCCGACGUAGGCUGUGAGGUGCUCACGAUUGACGCAGACCGUAACAUUGAAGAGGUCAAGAAAGAUUUGGACCGUUACAGCUAUAAAAUACUCGGUGGGAAUCAUACUAGCUGA